GUAUUCAACACUCGUUCUUCACCAAACAGUAUCUCGUCUUAAUGCCUCGCAAAGCAGUCUACGGGAAGCCUUCCCAUCUAUACUCAAGCUUUAGCAGCUUCCAGAGCCCCGUCAGACAACGAAAACAAGCCCCGACGUCCUUCCAGGUCAUUGAAGUUGCUGAAGAACUGUCCCGGCUAACUGUGCAAACGAAAUUUACGACUACCGAUGACGAUGAGUGCUCGCCUGCGCGAGAAGCGCUUUGCGAGAGGAUUGUGAACACCGAGAGACCUGUCAAAUUGUCUCGGCAUAGAACCACUAGCAGCGAAUCUGUCACUAGCACUGGAUCAGUCUCUCCAAGAGAGCGAAAAACAAAGAAUGGAAAGCUCAAAAAGUCACAAACAGACAAGCAACAGUUAAAUUCAGUCCACAACGAGCCACAACUUGCAGCAUCAGAUAUGUCGACCAGAUCUGCUCCAGAGGAACCUGAACCGGCCGCACUUCCUUCGCCGACAAAAGCUGCAGUACCAAUCUCAAUAGAGUCAGUCGAAGCUGACUUGGCUGCCUUGGAGAUAACCAAACCUCGAAUCUCCAACGUCUUCACGCAGCACGCAGCAUCACUGUUAUCUCUUUCCUCCCAAGAUCUGACGUCCUUCUCUACCUGGUCGGACCAGCUCGCCUCGCACUUUGCAGUCACCAAAAUUGCUGAAGCAUCGUUCGGCGAAGUGUAUCGUCUUUCUCUUCUCAAGUCGCAUACAGCUCUGGGUAAGACAGAUGAGUCUGUACUCAAGAUCAUCGCUCUUAAGCCACCAACUGCUGCAAAGAGAAAAAUGAGCAAGGCUGCGAAAAAGAGGACAGAAAUGAUGAGCGAUCCUGAAGAUGUCGCUGCGGAAGUGCGCCUGAUGCAGCGCAUGACAUGUACACCCGGCUUCACCAACUUCCGCGAAAUCUGCGUGUUACAAGGACGUCCUGGAGAUGCUUUUGCGGCAGCCUGGUCUUCAUGGAACGAUUCCCAGAAGGCGAAGGACAAGGAGGCCAGCGUGUUCCCCGACCCUAGCAAGAAAGCGAGCUACUCGGAAGAUCAGCUAUGGGCUGUCAUCGAGAUGCAAGAUGCUGGAACAGAUCUCGAAAACACCAAAGUUGCGAAUGUCUGGCUUGCUUGGGACAUAUUUUGGGGAGUCGUACUAGCGCUUGGCAAAGGAGAAGAAGCGGCCAGAUUUGAGCACAGAGAUCUGCACAUGGGUAAUAUUUGUGUAUCUGGUCUCAACAACAACGCGCACUUCCGCGAAGCAGACUACGUUCCAGCGCGGUCAAGCAAAAAACUCGACUUCACCGGCAUCGAAACGACGCUCAUCGACUAUACCAUCUCGCGAGCGGAGAUGGGCGUCUCAGAAGACGAAGAAGACGUGGCAUAUCUCGACCUCGAAAGAGAUCUGUCACUGUUUGAAGGCGACGCCGAAGUCGAGUAUCAGUAUGAGAUCUACCGGUACAUGCGCUCUGCCAUGUAUCUCGGCGAGCCUCUUGGUGAUCUUUGGGAGAGGUGGGACGAAGCCGAAGAGUCGGGAAGAACUUGGAAAGGAUACCACCCUCAGACAAAUCUUGUAUGGCUACAUUUUGUUCUGCACAAGCUCGCCGAACAGAUUGAGUGGCCCAGCUCGGGUACCCACAUUCAAGACAGUCAAGCUGCACAGCGAGCAGAAGAGCUCGAGGCUGCUUUGCUCAGAGUAAAUCAGCUAUUGGAUCCCGAGGAGAUGCCUCAGACAGGCUUGAGGUCUGCCAGCGACCUGGUUGUGCUUGCCCUUAAUGAAGGGUGGCUGGACAAGGAGGACGUUCAAGGCAGGGAAACUGCGCCAACGACAAAAACGACAAAGCGUAAAGCAAAGACCACGCGAUCGAAGAGGACGCAGUGAUGACGAUUUUGAUUGAUUCUGACAGCGUUAGUUGCGCAGCGCGGAGUUUGGGUUCCAUUGUAGUAACUUGUCUCUACUUCAGCGAUAAUAGUGAACGUGUUCCUGCUCGAC